AUGGAGAAAUGGAAUCAAACUUCAAAUGAUUUCAUUUUAUUGGGGUUGUUUCCUCCAAAUCAAACUGGCCUGCUUCUCCUGUUUCUUAUCAUCCUCAUAUUCCUUCUUGCCUCUGUGGGUAACUCAGCCAUGAUUUACCUCAUAUGCUUGGAUCCCCGGCUCCACACACCAAUGUAUUUUCUGCUCAGCCAGCUCUCCCUCAUGGACCUGAUGUACCUCUCCACUACCAUCCCCAAGAUGGUUUUCAAUGUUCUCUCUGGCCAGAAAGGCAUCUCUUUCCUGGGUUGUGGGGUGCAGUCCUUCUUCUUCCUGACCAUGGCAUGUUCUGAAGGCUUACUCUUGGCCUCCAUGGCCUAUGACCGUUAUGUGGCCAUCUGCCACCCACUACACUACUGCAUCCACAUGAGUAAAGGGAAGUGUGUGAAGAUGAUUAUGGGAUCUUGGAUUUUGGGAUCUAUCAACUCUCUGGCACACACAGUCUAUGCCCUCCAUAUUCCUUACUGCCGGUCCAGGGCCAUUGAUCACUUCUUCUGUGACGUCCCAGCUAUGUUACCUCUGGCCUGUAUGGAUACCUGGGUCUAUGAGUAUAUGGUUUUUGUGAGCACAAGCCUCUUUCUCCUACUUCCUUUCCUUGGCAUCACUGUUUCCUAUGGCCGCAUUCUUUUUGCUGUCUACCUUAUGCGUUCAAAAGAUGGAAGAAAAAAGGCCUUCACCACUUGUUCAACACACUUGACUGUAGUGACCUUUUACUAUGCACCUUUUGUCUACACCUAUCUUCGGCCCAGGAUACUCCGCUCACCAGCAGAAGAUAAAAUCCUGGCAGUCUUCUACACCAUCCUCACGCCCAUGCUCAAUCCCAUUAUCUACGGUCUGAGGAAUAAGGAAGUCCUGGGGGCUAUGACAAGGGUGUUUGGGAUAUUCUCUUCCCAAUAA